AUUUUUUUAAUUAUCAUCUAACAGCUAGGAGUUUCGUUUUUAUCGAAAAAAAUUUCUUCUACCAAGGAAAGUAAGUGAAGUAUGUGUAAUUCAUUUACAAAUGAAUUACUAACAAAGAUGAGCAAUAAAAUUUGCACCUUUUGCAUUUUGCGGUAAACAACUUAACAACGAGAUGGCUUAAUUAAAAAAAGGAAGACGCUGCAGCUAAUGAGAUCUCAAAGCGUGAAAAAGCGAGGUUAAAAGAGAUGCAGAAGCGUCAGAAGCAAAAGAUACAAGAUUAGAUGAUUGGACCUGAUCCCUUCCAGUUGACAUUUCUAUGUUAUAUGGAGAAGCUUGCAUCAUUAAUGGGUCGUCAUGCGUCAAAGAUGACUGAAGAGGAAGAAGAUGAAGAGUAUCUCAAAGAAGAAGAGGGUGGGCUUGGAAAUACAAGGCUAGUGGCUCAGCCCUCUUGUAUUCAAGGAAAGAUGAGGGAUUAUCAACUUGCUGGUUUGAACUGGAUGAUACGGCUAUAUGAGAAUGGCAUAAAUGGGAUACUUGCUGAUGAAAUGGGUCUUGGUAAGACUUUGCAAACCAUCUCCUUGAUGGGGUACCUGCAUGAGUUUAGAGGCAUUACUGGUCCUCACAUGGUUGUUGCACCGAAAUCCACGGUUGGCAAUUGGAUGAAUGAAAUCAAACGUUUUUGUCCUAUCUUGCGUGCUGUAAAGUUCCUUGGAAACCUCGAAGAAAGGGUAAGCAAGAUACUUGUUGCUGGGAAGUUUGAUGUGUGUGUCACAAGUUUUGAGAUGGCUAUCAAAGAGAAAUCUACUUUACGUUGCUUUAGUUGGCGUUACAUCAUCAUUGAUGAGGCUCAUAGAAUCAAGAAUGAAAAUUCUCUUCUUUCCAAAACCAUGAGGCUCUACAAUACUAAUUAUAGGCUGUUGAUCACAGGGUCACCGCUUCAGAAUAAUCUUCAUGAGCUCUGGACGCUUCUGAACUUUUUGCUGCCUGAGAUCUUUAGCUCGGCCGAGACAUUUGAUGAGUGGUUUCAAACAUCUGGUGAGUAUGACCAGCAGGAGGUGGUCCAGCAGCUUCAUAAGGUCCUUCGUCCAUUUCUUCUUCGGAGACUAAAGUCUGAUGUUGAGAAAGGUCUGCCUCUAAAGAAUGAAACAAUUCUUAAGGUUGGUAUGUCCCAGAUGCAGAAACACUACUAUAGGGCUCUGUUGCAGAAGGAUCUUGAGGUUGUUAAUUCUGGAGGAGAGCGCAAGCGUCUUCUUAAUAUAGCAAUGCAGCUCCAAAAAUGUUGUAAUCAUCCAUAUCUUUUCCAAGGAGCUGAGCCAGGACCUCCAUAUACAACAGGAGAGCAUCUCAUAGAAAAUGCUGGCAAAAUGGUUCUUCUAGAUAAGUUGCUUCCUAAGCUGAAGGAACGUGGCUCAAGGGUUUUAAUAUUUUCACAGAUGACACGGCUAUUGGAUAUCCUCGAAGACUACCUGAUUUACCGUGGUCACCAAUAUUGUCUGAUUGAUGGAAACACUGGUGGAGAAGAUCGUGAUGCUUCUAUUGAGGCAUUUAACAGUCCAGGGAGUGAAAUUUUUUGCUUCUUAUUGUCAACCAGAGCUGGCGGUCUUGGUAUCAAUCUUGCGACAGCAGAUAUUGUAAUUCUUUAUGACAGUGACUGGAAUCCACAGGUUGACUUGCAGGCGCAGGACCGUGCCCAUAGGAUUGGACAGAAGAAGGAAGUCCAAGUAUUCUGCUUCUGCACUGAGUACACAAUCGAGGAAAAGGUGAUUGAAAGGGCUUAUAAAAAGCUGGCACUUGAUGCAUUGGUUAUCCAGCAGGGACGGCUGGCUGAACAAAAAAUUGUUAAUAAGGAUGAGCUGCUGCAGAUGGUGCGGUUUGGUGCUGAAAUGGUUUUCAGUUCCAAAGAUAGUACUAUUACAUAUGAGGAUAUCGAUAGAAUCAUUGCCAAAGGAGAAGAGGCAACAGCAGAACUUGAUGCCAAGAUGAAGAAGUUUACAGAAGAUGCCAUCAAGUUUAAGAUGGAUGACGGAACAAGGUAUCAUGAUCGGUUCAAGCUGAUGAUCCACGUGCAGCCAGAUACUUUCCCUUCAUGGAUUCCGGUGAACGUAAAUGACCUACCGGAUUACGACGUAGAGGAUUAUCAGUCUAUGCCUGUCGAAGCAUUUGGCAGAGCAUACUUGGAAGCAUAUGGGCUGGAAAACUUUAAUGGUGGUACCAGUGUGCAGUACCAAGGCCGCCGGGAGAGGGCAGGCCUUGGAUUCGACUUUUCUAGUGAGACGGAGAGUACACCAAGGCAGUGCCAAGGACCUGCCUUGCAGAGGCACAAUACUCUAGAGCAUGGAGGUCGUAUGUCUCGUUCCCAUAGCGCUCCUGAUGUUCAGAGGCCCAAUACUCUAGAGCAUGGAGGCCGUAUGUCUCGUUCCAAGAUGAAGAGUGCUUCUGGGUCAUCAUCUAGUUCCAAGCAUAGUAAAGUACCAACUGACAACUGUUCUGCAGCAGUAACUACCCGUCAGCAUGCUUUGCCUGCAGUAAACAGCACAGUUGGAUCAGCAUCAGACUCUAGCCAGAUUAAGCCGUCAACAGCAGAUGGACAUCCAUCAUCUAGUUAGAAAAGUUCUGUUUCUGCUCGAUCUUCAUCAGUUCAUGGAUCAUCUUCUAAUUCUGUUGGUUCAUCAGGGAAUCGGUACCACAGCAAUAGAAAUAGCCGUUCCACAUCAGCCCCAAACCUUGUUGAGAGUAGGUCUGUUGACUCUUCAAAAGAAACAUCAUAGGUUGAUGAUCAAAGAGUUUUUGGUGUUUGUAUAGUUUCUCCAUGUCUCGUGUAAGGGAUGUAAAAAGUUGUCAUGGAAUUUGAGAUUGAGACUGCCAUUUUUUUAAAGUCUAGGAGGCUGUUCAAAUAGUGAAAAUAUGUAGAAAGAUGAUAAGUAGAUGCAUAAAUGUUUGUUAGUGAUGGGAAGGCCCUUAAUUGUGAAUAUAUGAUUCAUUUCCCCAUUUUUCCAGAACUCUAUUGGUUAGAAGAAAAAUCAAAAGCGACUGUCUUACUCAGGCAUUACAUGCUGUAUUUCCUCCUCAGCUUGCCAUCGAUUGUUAUUUUCCCUUUUCUUCUUCUUGGUAAUACUCCUAUAUUGUUAAUUUUUAUUCUUUGGCCUUUUAAUGAUUGUUAAUUUCAUCGUUCAAUCAUUUUUAGGCUUCACAGCAUGUAAUC